GACGUCGUUCUAACAAAAUAUCAAACGCCACUCCGUUGGCAUAAAAACCCUCUCCCACUUCAAAAACAUAAAAACCCUCUCAACAUUUGACCUAAAACCCCGGGAAAGAGAGUGCAUAGACAACUUCCAUAACCCUACAAUGGAAGGAGGAGAAAAAGAGGAGAAAUCCCAAACGGUAAUGGAGGGUGUAGCGUCAAUAGCCCUUCUGCCCAGUGGAUCCAUUUCAGGCCAUUUUAUUCAGCUUCCGCACUCCAUUUGCUAUGGCCUCCAUGGCACUGAACUGGAGUGUGAAAGGGAGUGCAGCAGGGGUGAGGAUUACCGCCUGAUCAAGCUAACUGUAACAGACUAUAAUACUAAGAGAGAAAGAGAGAUAGUGGUGGAGUGCAGAGGACAUGAUGCUGCCAAGAUAUGCAGCACUGACCAUGCUCAUGGGUGGCAGAAGGAUGUUGUGGGUAUGCUUGAACAGAAGCAUGGGAAACAUAAGGUUUCAGUUUCUUUUGAAUGUGAAACACUCAAAGCUGAGAAAGCAGCUGAGGAGCAUCUCAGAAAAUUCAUGCCUAAGUUAGUGGGCAUGGAUGCUGUCGUCUUGACAGGAAGCCUAUAUUUGCAGUUAAUAUUGGUCAUAUGACCAUUGAGGGAUUGAACUUUGAUGCAGAGACUGAAUGCAAAUGUAUUGAGCAGAGCAGUUGACUGUGAAUCACUAGAUUGAACCUAUGUACAGGCUGUUGAAUUCUGUUAUUGUCUUGUCUGAGUUCCUCUGAAAAUUGACUCAUUGUAUUUCUGGUUCCUUUUUUUCUGAUACAUCUAAACACGGUAUCUCUUUCGGUUUAUGAUCGUUAAUGCUAUGAUACCUGCAUCAACACAUGGCAUACAUGGAUUUGCCUAUUUAUCCAAAUGACCCAUCCGUUCACUGUA